AAUUGUCUUACUCCGUCUGACCCUUUUCUAGAGAAAUUAUUGGGGAGAUGUUUUUCCAUUCAUUCCAAAAUCGACAGAUGAUAAUUCUCUCGCUACAUUACGAGUUGACAUAUACGACGUCUUUUCCACAGAAAUAGCCACGCAAUCAGCCGUGAGUUUUCACUGUUUUUGCAUUCAGCAAUAAUGGGGAGUUUCUUUUCUAGUCUAUUUUCGUCAUUGUUUGGUCAGAAGGAGUUACGGAUCCUUAUUUUAGGCUUAGAUGGAGCCGGUAAAACUACGAUCUUGUACAGGCUACAAGUUGGAGAAGUCGUAACAACUAUUCCAACAAUAGGAUUUAAUGUUGAGACAGUUACAUAUAAAAACCUUAAAUUUCAAGUGUGGGAUCUAGGAGGGCAAACAAGCAUUAGGCCAUACUGGAGAUGUUACUACUCUAACACAGAUGCUAUUAUAUAUGUGGUAGACAGUAUGGAUAAAGAAAGAAUAGGAAUUUCAAAACAGGAAUUAAUUGCCAUGUUAGAGGAAGAUGAACUCAAAAAAGCAAUCUUAGUGGUUUUUGCCAACAAACAGGAUAUUGAAGGAGCCAUGACAGCUUCAGAGGUCUCAAAUGCUCUAGGUCUCUCUGCAUUGAAGAGUCGCACAUGGUCCAUAUUCAAAACCUCAGCUACAAAAGGAGAAGGACUUGAUGAGGCUAUGGAAUGGUUAGUGGACAGUCUCAAAUCAAGACAGUAAAGAACAAAGCUAUUGGAUAUAAUUUAAAAGUACACCUCAUAAAACCAGGUGGUUGGUAGAGUUUGUCUAUUGAAAAGGAUCUGCCUCUAUAUACAAGUUUUCUUCUAUCAAACUUGUUUAUUGGGUGUAAUAGCUAUUUUGUACAACAAAUCUAUAGUUAUGGUUAAAAAAAGAGUAUCAGAAAAUCAGAAAAGUGGUUUUCUCUUUUUUCUAGAUUUUUUUGCGGUAGUCAUCAUAUUUAAGUAAAUUUUUGAGCUGUGAAUAUUUUCAUGUUGUUGUUGCAACAUGUAGCAGUACAUCAAGAGGUAUUAACGUUCUCUUGUAUAUUAUCAAUUUAAGUUUAUUCACACCCUAGUUCAUUCUGAUUUAUUAACACAAAGUAUUUAUUUGGUGCUCAGUUCACCGGGUAACUACAUCUGUAGUCCUCACUGAACUUCCUUUUAACCCUUUACAACCCUACUUCAGAAUGCAUAUUCUCUAUAUUGUUCUCUAUACAAUUUAUGAGGUGCUGACAAGGAGAAUUUGUGAAACAAUCAAGAGCUUCUUUAGUUAGGGAUCAUUUCGUUUCUUCUUGUGAUCUUAUUAUGUGAUUCAGAGGUGUUAUUGUAUGGAGAAAUUAGCUUUUAGUCACUCCUUGGGUCAAAGGGUUAAAACUGUUAACAGCUCACUAUUUUAAUUAAUUUUUAACCAUUAUGUCGGUAUUUUUUUUUCUUAUUUUGUAUGUAACCUUGAAAUAAUUGCGUUAGUGGUUGAAACAACAAUUACUGACAUUUUAAGGGAAAGGAAUUGAGUUACAUUCAGUUUGGCUUUAGUUUCUUUUUGUUUUGUAUGUAACCUGAUGUUUUGAGGACUAAACUACUGAGCUAGCUGGAAUUUGUUGGCUUUUUUUUUCAAGUUAAAACGAUUUUCAAGAAGUACCUUUUUUUGUUACUGUUUCGGAGAUUAGUAGAAACGAGAGCAGUGUUCGCGUUACUUUGUUAAGAAGUGAAAUUAGCCGACUCAAUUUAGGCAAAAUAAACUGGUUGAAAAAUUUUU